AUGAUGGUCCGUCAUCUAGCUAAUCUUACUUUAGCUACGAAAUAGUUGUCAAGGUUAAUUUAGCUACCCAUGUAUCUUGUCAGCAUGUCUUUUCCUCUUGAGAAGAUACAAGGCAACGAUUGUGGCGCCUGUUACAGUGCAGUUCUUAGCUGUCAAGUAUUUACUGAUCGCCGCCAUGUUUUCAUCUGUCGACCGACCAAAGAAGUAACGAGAUGCAUGCUGGGCGACAUUUGGCAGCAGGAGAAAACCGGAAGCAAAUCCUUCAAAUUAAAAGUGUUCUGAAAUUGUGAUGCUUGUGGAACACGCGCGUAGUAGAAAGACACGGAUGGAGAUUCCUGAUCAAAAACAAGAAGUCAAUUGUGUCAGAAGAUGAGUUCGCAACAAUAUUCACGACCGGGAAUACCCCCUGGUAUGGGAAAAAAACUGAUUCCUGGAGGAAACACUGCAAUGGUGGCUAGUAGUCAACCAAAUACAACAGGUGGGACAGACGAUAGCAGCCGUGACCCUCACCCAGACCACAGUCCUUAUGACCGCCCCAGCGGUGGUGGUGGAGCACCGGGCUUUAGAGAUGACAAGCAGGAGACAGUGGUGGUCCGGCCUUACCCCCAGGUCCACGGCCCCCCCCAGGGUCACCACCCAACACUACCUCAGCACCUGCCCCUCCAGCAGGGCAUGCCUGUCACAGUGUCAGCCCCUCCACCGCACAUUCCCCGGGGCCUGCCUCUGGCCUUCACUGAAGGACCUAUAAAGGUGCAGUCAUCUCUGAAGUCGCCCAUACCCAGUCGAGUGAUUGCCCCAGCACCAGCCAACAUCCAGGGCCACAUCUCCCUGCCACCCAAGGUGCCAAGCCACCUCACUGUAACCAUGGAGAGCACUGUGCCUCCGACCCCCGGCAUCCCUGUAGCAACUAUCAGUGGCCAACAGGCGUGGCGUUUCCAGGGCAACCCCAGUAACCUGCACCAUCACGUGCAGAUCAUUCGCAGCAAUGGCCCGCCCCUGCAGCUCGGCUCCACUGGUGUUCCCCAGCACACCUUUACCUCCCAUCUACCACGAGGAGCUGCUGCAGCUGCUGUGAUGUCCAGUUCCAAAGGACCCACCGUACUGAGACCUGUUACAGGCCCUGGUAGUGGUACUGGCCCACCUACUGUCCAGCACAUCAUCCACCAGCCUAUCCAGUCCCGGCCAAUAGUAACAACGUCCACGGCUGUGUUGCCCACGGUGGUUGCCCCGGUAACGGCCACCAGGCCUCAGUCCCCGGUGGUUAGCUCAGCCACGCACUCCGCAGAGAUGGUUCAUGGGCGUCCAGGGCUGACCAUUCACCCCCCUCCAGCCACUCUGAGCAUCCAGCGUCCUUCCCAAUCUCGGGAGACCCCCACACGCAUCACCCUGCCCUCUCACCCUGCCAUUGGGGGUCAGAAACCCCAGCUGUACAACACCAUGGCACAGAAGCCCAUAUUCAGCAAUGUUACUCCUGUCGCUGCAGCAACUGUUGCCCCCAUAUUAGCCACCAAUACUGCUCCAUCGCCUAGCACUACAGGCUCAGGACCCCACCCAAACAGUAACAUUGUCACCAUGGCGAUGCCCUCUCAUUCCUCCCACGCCACAGCAGUCACCACGUCCAACAUCCCCGUGGCUAAAGUGGUUCCCCAGCCAAUAGCCCACACCUCGCCCAGGAUCCAACCGGAGUACCCUGGAGAGAGGGGCAACUUGAUCCCCAUCUCAGGCCCCCGCUCCUCCCCCAACCCCAUCACCAUGGAGGCCCGCAGUGACAGCAGGCAAUCGGUGCCAGUGCAGUUUCAGUACUUCCUGCCUACCUACCCUUCUUCGUCGUACCCUCUGACACACACCUACACCCCCAUCACCAGCUCUGUUUCAACCAUCCGACAGUACCCAGUAACCCCUCAGGCCCCCAGCGGCACGGCCAUGCAGACCCAGACCAGUGUGGGCGUAGCGUCGGCGGUGCACCUCAACCCCAUGCAGCUGAUGACGGUGGACCGCAUCGCUCAGAUCAACACGCAGAACAUCCAGCCCGCCACCAUGGCCACGCAGGGCAUCAAGUCAACCAACAUCAGCACCCAGGGCCUGCACACGGCCACGGGUCAGAUCACUGCGCAAAACAUCCAACCUGUGCCCAUCAACCAACAGCAGCCAGUCAUUGAGAACAAGACCUCAGUUGUGUUAGCAGACGGGUCCACUCUGGUAGCCAACCCCAUUGGCCAGACGUUCGGCAGCACCCAGUCUUCCACCUGCAUUGGGCAGACACACCCCCAGAACACUGGGCCUGGUGCCCCCACCCUGCUGUCCUCCCCCCGGCCUAGCAUCCUGCGCAAGAAGCCUGCCAAUGAAGGGUCUGCUGUGAGGAAGAACCUGAUCCCAGAGGCCACCAGCCCCAGGAUAGAUGGAGGCAUCAGGCCUGCAUCAGGUAUGAAGCACAAGGCUGAUCUCCAUGUGUCCCUGGCUCCCCCGUUGACGUCGUCCUCCAUGGAAGCGCUGCCCAGCCAUCAGAUCAAUGAGCAGCAGCCCUCUCAGCCAAUCCAGACCCUCCUCUCAGUGUCCGCACCCCCACACUCCCAGCCUGGCCCCGCCAUGUCCGCCAUUACUCCACCAAUCUCGUCUAUGGCCAACGUGGUGGUUCCGCCUACACAGGCAGCGGCCAGUAGCACAGCGGCAUGUGGAAUAAGCUCCACCCUCCCUGAGAUCAAGAUAAAGCAGGAAGUGGAGCCUAUGGAUACCUCCAAAGCAGGUCCCCCUAUGCCCCAUUGCGGUGCCCCCAUAUUGUCCAUGAUGCCUGGUGGGGACGUGAUCCUCGGGGCCUCCCCCAGGAAGAAGCCCCGGAAGCAGCAGCACGUCAUCUCCACGGAGGAGAGCGAGAUGAUGGAGACCAACAGCACAGACGAGGAGAAGGUCCUGGCCAGACCACACAGCAUGAGGCCCGAGAAACGCAAGUCGCCCCCCAAGGAGUACAUAGAUGAGGAGGGUGUGCGUUACGUCCCCACCCGUGCUCGCCCCCCGGUCACCCUCCUCCGCCACUACAGGAACCCCUGGAAGGCUGCCUAUCACCACUUCCAGAGAUACAGUGACAUCCGGGUCAAAGAGGAGAAGAAGGGCACCCUGCAGGACGUAGCCAAUCAGAAGGGGGUGGUGUGCAGAGCGCAGGGCUGGAAGAUGCACCUGUGUGCUGCACAGCUCAUGCAGCUGACUAAUCUGGAGCAUGACGUGUACAGCCGCCUCACUACCCUCCAAGAGGGCCUGAUCCCAAAGAAGAAGGCCGGGUCAGAUGAUGACAUGCACCGUAUCAACGAGCUCAUACAGGGUAACAUGCAGCGCUGUAAGCUGGUGAUGGACCAGAUCACUGAAGCUAGAGAUGCCAUGAUGAAGGUGCUGGACCACAAGGAGAAAGUCAUGAAGUUAAUCAACAAGAACGGCGGAGCGAAGAAAGUCAACAAGCUGAAGCGCAAGGACAAAGCCUAGAACAGAGGGGGUACCAAGUUUAGGCUAACCCCUGUACCCUUGUCUUUCUAAAGACGGCUCUAGUCUACACCCCUCACUGAUAUGACCAUAGACCACUGGUAGAUUUGAGUCAGUAUGGCGUCUGGGGUUACUCGUUAGCUGUGUGCAACCGUCCGACCACGUUUGACCUAGAACUGAGAACCAAGUGGUCGGCAGAAGGAACAUAUUAGGAACAAACACGGUUCCGCUACGUCCAAGGGAGGAGCUUGUCAAUGGACAGGAAUGUACAAGUAUUAAGCACAUAUCAGGAAGUUGGUAUGUUCUCAGUUGUUGAUUGGAUGGCUGGCAGAAUUAUUAUGAUUUUGAUGGUUGAAUGAUGGUCUAGAGGGGAUGCAGUGUCUGUUCAAUUGAUACCCUGGAACAUUGUGUGAUCAAUAUGGGUUGUUUAUUAAACUAUCAAGUACUUAUUGCGUAAUAAAUGUGUAAAACAGUA